GCAGAUGUGUCGCAGAUUUAAAAAGUCAGCACUCAGAUCUAGUACAAGGAAAUGGAGCAGUGCAAAGCAUGAAAUAUUGAAUUGUAAACACGGCAGCGGAAGAGAGGGAAGGUGUGCAGGAAGAGAAGACAGCUAUUUUAACAGGCAGUGGGAUUUACGUUUAAUAGUUACUUAAACGACAACAAGAGAAAGUACAAGGCUUUCUUAAAAACCCUUUUUCUAAAUAUUAUUUUAGGGAAACAACUUAGGCAAUGGAACUGUCAGCAAUUGGUGAGCAAGUCUUUGCUGUGGAAUCAAUCAUUAAGAAAAGAGUUAGAAAGGGACAUGUAGAGUAUUUGUUGAAGUGGAAGGGCUGGCCUCCAAAGUACUGCACAUGGGAGCCAGAAGAGCACAUCCUAGACCCUCGACUGGUUUUAGCCUACGAGGAGAAAGAACAAAAAGACAGAUCAUUGGGCUGGCGUAAAAGAGGGCCAAAACCAAAACGACUGCUCUUGCAGAGGAACAUUUACCCAAUGGAUCUACGCAGUGCACAUCAAGGUACAGAGAGUUCGUCUGCACAACUGCCUCUCUCAGUGACACGAUCGCUUGCCCCACAAUUCAGCGUUGUGGAUGAGAGGUUCCACUCCACAGGGACAUGCAUAUAUCACGGAUUAACCCAACACAAGAGAAAGAAGAAAGCAUCCAGAGAGACUUCAGAGGAAGAAUGGGAUAGAAGGGAAGAUGAAGAUGACGAGGGGGUUAUGGAAGAGGAGGAGGAGGAAGACACAAGACAGGAAGGGACUAAAACUGGCAGCAACACUUUAAACAAGCAUAUCAGGACAGGAGGCUGGAGUCCAACCACUGAUUUAGAGGAAACAACUGUAUCUCCUUUGUCAGAGCACUGGAGUCCAGUUAUGGGCCCAGAGGAGGUAACUGUGACUGAUAUCUCCAUCAACUCACUAACAGUGACUUUUAGAGAGGCCUUGGUUGCAAGGGGCUUCUUCAGGAGCUUGGAGCUCGAUUUCUAAAAUGACAAGAAGGUGAGGUGAAGAUGGUGAGAGUGAAAGACAGUUGGUACGUCCUUUUUAGCAGUGUUUUUUUAUUAUGUUGUUGCAUGGCUUCCGGCAAUGUUUUAGUAAGAAAAGCCUAUCUGUUCAGCGAAUAUAAAAAUAUUUAGCAUCAUAGACAUAUUUGCACUAUUAAACCCUCCAAAAUGCUUUCAGGAUUGUGUUCAGAUCACAGAAAAGUCUAUCAUUUAAUGCUAUUAAAUUACCAAAUAAUGUGAGAGUUUGACAAGAUCUUGAAAUUCUCAAUGAUAGGCAUAGUCAUAUUAUCCAUAAAACAAGUUAUUGCCAGUUCUCUGAUGCUGGUAUGUAAUAUGGUGUUCUAUUUGUCUGUGUUGUGCAGUGAAGUUUAGAGAUUCAUCUAACCAAGAUGAACUCCAUUUGAUGUGCCCAUGUACUUGCAUAUUAACAGUGCUUGUACAAAAUAUUAAUUAGCACAAUUAAAUAAUCUUAAAGACAAGCUGUCAUAUAUGUUUCCAUAAAUAUACACGUUAAAUGUAUGUAUAUACUGAAUAUGAUAUACUUGGUAGACAUGUUAGUAUCUACAUGUACUUACACAGAGUAUUCUAAUCUUGACUUACAAUUAUGUGCAGUACUGUAGAAUUUGUGAUACUUAAAAUAUCAUGAGGCCACAGGGUUACUGUUGGUUACCUGGUAAAGCAUGGCGCUAGCAACGUCAAGAUCAUGGGUUAGAUUCCCAGGGAACACAUAAACAAAUAAAAUUGUGGAUCUUGAAUGCAUUGUAAGUCGCUUUGUAUAAAAGCGUCUGCCAAAUGCAUAAAAAUGUAAAUGUAAAACAAAAAGGAAAUAUCUGAAAUGCAACAAUAAAAAGUUGUUUUCACAUUUAGCAUUUCAGCUUUUACUGUCAGCGUGCCACUCUUUCAGACUGCAUGAGCAAAAAUGUUGUGGUAUUAAAAAGAAAGAAAAAAAAACAUCUGCACAAUGAUGUUCUACUUUUAGCAUAAUUAUGUAUUUGUAUGAAAUAAAGCAGCACUUUAUUUUCUCAACACUAUAGCUUGCUAAUAACAACUAAUUUCUUAUUAUUGCACAGUUUGUUUUUGGUAACACUUUACAAUAAAGUUUUAUUUGUUAACAUUAUUUGAUGCAUUAGGUGUCAUGAACUAUUGAUGAACAAUGAUAUAUGACAGCAUUUAUUAAACUUGAUUUAUCAAAAUACUACUGUUCAUUGUUUGUUAGUUCAUAUUGCAUUAAUCUUAUGUCAUACAACUUUUAAUGUAAAUGUUAAACAAGACAAUAAAAUGUUAAACAAGAUAAGAAAAUGAUGUAAAAGUAUUGUUCAUGUUAACUGUUUCAUUAAAGGGAUAGUUCACCCAAAAAAUGAAAAUUCUCAUCCUUUACUUAUCAUGCCAUCCAAGAUGGGGUUUUUUUCUGCUUAACACAAACUGUAAGAUUUUUAGAAGUAUAUUUCAGCUCUGUAGGUCCUUACAAUGCAAGUGAAUGGGUACCAACAUUUUGAAGCUCCAAAAAGCACAUAAAGGCAGCAUAAAUGUAUUCUGAAGCUAUAUGAUAGGUGUGGGUGAGAAACAGAUCGAUAUGUCCUUUUUUAGUAUAAAUUCUCACUAUAAAUUCUCACUGCCCAGUUGGUGGCGAAAUGCACAAAGAAUGCGAAUUGCCAAAAACAACAUAAGAAUGUGAAAGUGGAGAUUUAUAGUUAAAAAAAAGGACUUAAAUAUUGAUCUGUUUCUCACCCACACCUACCGUAUUUCUUCAGAAGACAUGGAUUAAACCACUGGAGUUUUAUGGAUUACUUUUAUGCUGCCUUUAUGUGCAUUUUCAAAGGAUGUUUUCAAGCUUUAAAAUUCUGGCACCCAUUCACUCGCAUUGUGAGAACCUACAGACCUGAAAUAUUCUUCUAAAAAUCUUUGUCUUCAGCAGAAGAAAGAAAUGAGAGUAUUUUCAUUUUUGGGUUAACUAUUCCUUUAAUACAACCUUGUUGUACAGUAUUUUAUUUUUUAUUAUUUUUUCAUGUUUAAACACUUUACUUAAUCCUCUUUUGUGCAUAAACUCACCAAGUAUGAAUUUGCAACAUCUUGCACAUUAGUCUUCAAUGUUACAUUUACUUUAAUGACUGUUUCUUUGUUGUAUUAGUCAAACAUAACCAAGGAGAACCGAAGACAACUGCUAUAUUUUUCUAUAUUGACGUGAAUGUUUAUUUAGCCUCUAGAAAAUCUAUGGGGGCUUAACUGUUUUAUAUGCCUCUAGCAGAAAAUGACAGCUUGUGACAUGUAUACAUUUGUUAAACUAUGAAAAUGCCUGUGGUUACCUUUGCUUUUCAGGCUAUUUGCACUUUAAAAUGGAAAACCUGGUAUUAUAAUGCCAUAAAUAAAACUUUGGUGUAAAUGUAUCAUUAAGAAAUGUAUUAAGUUUAAUCAAUGAUACAUGGCACUGUAUGGAUUUAAUAACUUGAAGAAUCUACCUCAAGCCAUCUCUAAAAUCAGGUUGACAAUGCUAGCUUCACAUUUACAACAUAAGUACUGAAACCACGCUGGUAGCCAAUUAUUUUUGAAUAGUGCAAACAUUUUAAUGUAUAAUUAAAUAAUUGGCAAAAUUCUGACCGCCACAAUAAUUUAAAAAAAUAAACAGUAAAACAAAUGACGGAUUCUGAAAUCAGAGCAACAGUUUUUUGCUCCUCUCAGCAAGAGAAAAGUGGUCAAAACAAGUAACCAUUAAUUUGUAUGGUUCCUUUCCAGUCUGUUUUAUAAAGAAAUAAAAAAAAAAAAAAUUAAAUUA